CGUUUGGAUCCAGCCCCACGCCCUGACUUACCCCACCCCCAACCCCACCCUGGCCGACUGGAGGACUGGAGCCCAAGGCCGCCCGCGGAGCAGUUGCCGUCCUGAGCCUUCUCCUGUCAACCCCGGGCUGCCGCCUUCUCCGCAACCAGUGUGCGGCAGUGCCCUCUGGAACUCGCCGUAGAAAUGAAUCCAGUUGUUUCGCAGCCGGGAUACGGCGCGGGAUACGGCGCGGGGGGGGUGAUGAACAGUGACUGGCAGACCGGCGUAUUUGACUGCUGCGACGACCUGGGGAUUUGCCUCUGCGGCACUUUCUGCCCCCUGUGCCUCUCGUGUCAGAUCGCCUCCGACAUGGACGAGUGCUGCCUGUGCGGGGCCAGCGUGGCUAUGAGGACCUUGUACAGGACGCGCUACGGCAUCCCGACCUCUAUUUUAACAUAGUUUCAAACUUGAAGAGAAGCCGCAGAAAUCAUAAAUGGGAAAAAAAGGAGAAACGAUACUAGGGCUUCCUGAGUACCCCCACCCCCACGCCCCGAAUCCUGAAACCCUGCCUCUCCUUUCAUUUCCUCGCCUCCACCUGUUUGUCUAGUCUCUGUUCGGGAACAUCGAGAGGAAACGACAGACUUGACGUCCGAUAGCAUCUCUAUGGCACUACGCAUUUCUUAGUGACAAGGGUCUUCAUUUCUGUAACCAUAAUGCAAUGAUCGAAAUCAGGAAUUUAACACGGAUAUGGUACUAUUCGCUAAUUUGUGGGUCUUAUUUAAACUUUACCAAUUAACCCAACAACAUUCUGUGGAUGAAAAGAAAACCAAUCCGAAACCACAAGUUCUGUUCGAUUGUCAUUCCUCUUUAGUCUACUACAAUAGGGAAUAGUUUCUCAGUCUUUCCUUGCCUUUUUCCCCCCCAAGUGUAGACCAUUUAUUUUGUAGACUGUCCCUCAAUUUGGUGUGUCAAAUAUGUCCUCGUGGAUAUAUUUAGGGUUUACGCUUUGACAGAACCUCCACAGAACUGAUGUAAUAGUCACUGUGCUUCCUAUCAAGAUGCACACGCCAUCACUGUAUCCCAUUAUGGUUGUUUCCUUUGAUUACUUAGUUAAGGGAGUGUCGCCGUAAGGUUCUCCACCUUCUGGUGAAGUUCUCCACCGAAGGUUGCCAUUUUCCCCUUCGUAACGAGUAAGGACCUGGUAGAGAGACGUGAACACCCUGUUCCUCAUAGUCCUUCAGUCACUGGGACUAAUGUCCACUGAAGCUUCUCGCCUGAAUCAAUGAUUACUAUGAUGGCUGUCCACGGCAGAGCUCGUGCUCUACUGGGAGAAGAUUGCUACACUGUGACUCAUUAAAAACCUUAUAGGAUGCUAAUAAGUGGCACAGAAAAAAAUAAAACAAAGAAGAGGAAUAAAGAAUGUUGAAGCAUUCUAA